UGGAAGAAAUAGAGCAGAACCUGGAACAUGAUGCAUGGCGAACAAGCAUUUAGUAGGAAUAUAUAUUUCAAAGGAAUUUGCAUUCUCUUCGAUUUGGUUUAUUCGCCAUUCAUUUUCUGCCGGUUGAAUUCACUCAACUCUUGACUUGUUCUUCUCCUGGCUUUGAUGAACAAAAGCCUCCCUAUCAUAUAGAGUCUACUGGUGGAAAGCUGUGCUGUGGUGUCCUAUUCGUUGUGAGAGACAUGGACAACAGACUGGGUCUGGGUGAUGAAGAGGAGGGAGAUGUGGGGACCCUGUGGCACUCUUUGGACUGGCUGACGUCCUGCGUGAUGGUGGCUGGAGGGGCUCUGCCCUACGCCUCACAGUACCGGCAGAUCCUUCGGACCAAGAACACAGACGGCUUCUCUACACGCGUCUGCCUGGUUCUGCUGGUCGCUAACAUCCUCCGCAUCCUCUUCUGGUUUGGGAAGCAGUUUGAGGUGACUCUGCUCCUGCAGAGUGUGGUGAUGAUUCUCACCAUGCUGGUGAUGCUCAACCUCUGCUGCUCUGUGCAGAACACCAACCAUAUCAGUACCAAACAACACCACAUCACAGAUCUGGAACCCCGGUUCUUUUGGAGCUGGGAUGGCUUUGAGGACUACCUCAUCUUCCUGUUGGCCUUCACGCUGCCAUGUGCCUUCGCCACCCUUCUCCUCCUGGACUCCUCUCUGUUUGUGGAGUCCCUGGGCUUCCUGGCCGUGCUGACGGAGGCCAUGCUGGGGCUACCACAGCUGCUCCAGAACCAACGCAACCACUCCACCACAGGCAUGAGUGUGAACAUGGUCCUACUGUGGAUGGCCGGGGACAGCUUCAAGACGGCCUACUUUGCCCUGAAGGAGAGCCCGCUCCAGUUCCUGUUGUGUGGGUUGACUCAGGUACUGGUGGAUCUGGCUAUCCUCUAUCAAGUGUGUCUCUACAGCCAAGACCCCUGGGACAAACUGGCUUAACUAACUCUAACCCUAGCUAACUCUAACCCUAGCUAUCACUAGCUAACUCUAACCCUAGCUAUCACUAGCUAACUCUAACCCUAGCUAUCACUAGCUAACUCUAACCCUAGCUAACUCUAACCC